GACGAGGGAUGAACACACGACCAGACAACGAGAUAGACAAGCAGCUCAAUCCUUGCCGAUAGAAGCGCAGACAAGACGAUUGAACGAGGAAAUACCCUUGCGACGAUACUGCCGAUCUCCAAUCCUAUAAUGCGUCCCUCUUUAUGCCCUUGACACCACCUCAAAAAGUGCCCAAAUGACGCGACACUGACCUCUUCCAUUCCGCAUGGCUGCUGGAGAUGGCUCUAAGGAGCCAGGAGCCAGGGACAGCUCUCCAUCCUACGACGACCCAGACCCCAAACCUGUCCAUGAUCCCUCAGACGAAGAGGAAGAGGACGAUACAUCAGAUGGCGGGUCCGACGAGGAAGAGGAGGAGCCUCGACUGAAGUACGCAAACUUGACGCGCAACGUGAGCCCGCUUUAUCGCAAUGGCGACGCCGCCAGCGCUUUUGUUGUAUCUGGCGACAAAAUGAUCGUUGGUACUCAAAUGGGAAACAUCCACGUAUUCGCCCUUCCCACCUUCUCUUCUCUAAGAGUAUACCAUGCGCAUACCACGAUCGUAUCUGCCAUCUCCACUUCCUCCUUCGCAACCUCAUCUGCUGGCUUUCGCGCCGAAGUUCCAUCCUCAAAGCUGGCCACCGAUGCCCAAUCCAACAGAGACAGCUCUCCCUCAAGUUCUCCAGCUCCGAAGCCAAAAGGAAAAGCCCAACAACAAUUUGUUCCCAAUACUCCCUCAAACCAGAUCUACAUUGCCACUUCAUCCAUAGAUGGAAAUGUUUGCAUUUCUUCUCUAAUCGAUCCAAAGGAUGUGCAGCUUCGAAACUUCGGUCGUCCUGUACAGACUGUCGCCCUGUCUCCAGAAUACAAGUCGGACAGGAGUUAUCUCUCAGGUGGCCAAGCUGGCUCAUUAAUACUCACUGUUGGUGGUCAGACUGGGAAGAGUGCCAACGCCACUACAACAGGAGCCGCUGCAGCAGCGUCUGGCUGGCUAGGAUCUAUCGGACUCGGUGCGAACACUGGAACUGACAGGGUCUUGCACAGCGGCGAGGGAAUUAUCAGCACCAUCAAGUGGUCUUUGUCGGGCAAGUAUGUUGUCUGGGUCAAUGAGUCCGGGAUCAAGAUUAUGAGGUCCAACCUCAAACUUGAAUCUGGAGAAUCGAAUCUGGAAUGGAAACGCGUUAGCCAUGUCGACCGCCCAUCUCGGCCUGGCUGGGAGGAAAUGGCUGGUGUAUGGAAGGCUCGCGUGGAUUGGAUAGAUCGUGAUGGCCUCGAAGCCGAUGACGAUGCUCCCAUAAGCUCCAUCGUCCUCGCCACAACAAAUGGAGCUUCCUCCAAGCUCGACAAGAAUAAACCAGAAGAAGUCCUAGUCGGUUGGGGCGAUUCUGCCUGGAUCAUCAAAGUUCUCCCAGGGUCACCAGGGAAUAGAGAUCACCCCGUUGGCCAUGCAGAAGUUGCAACGAUUAUACGAUUUGAUGACUGUACAGUAUCUGGAAUUUCGCUAUAUACCCCCACUUUGCUUUUAGUACUUGCAUACAUGGAGAAAAAAGCCAACACCUCAUCGAGUCAAACGUCUGAUGGUCCGAGAAAGGGCCGUCGAAAUCGUCAGAAUGCAUUGGAGCCGGAGCUACGCUUAAUAGACAUCAAUACCAAGGAGGAAAUCGACACCGACACUCUCACAAUCAGCAGAUUUGAGUCUCUAACUGCUUCAGAUUAUCACAUGGCUAUUCUACCCCCUCUAAGGAUACCCGCAUCUCUCGCACAAAAGGGCUACCUCGACGCAAUUGGUUCCGGUAUUGGCAAUGUCAGCUCGAGUCUCUAUACCGGUGUGGAAGCGGUAGGUCAAGGAGUUUGGGAUGCUACCAUGUUCGGACCCCGAAUGCUGGGUGCAAAUCGCAUCUUUAGCGGAGCCGAAAGUGUAAGAAGCGGUUUCAGUGGACCAGAUCGCACCCCAAGUACUCGAGAUCGCAACUAUCUCACCGGUUGGGUCCCAGGAUUCGGUUCAACCGACACAACCAAAAAGGAGGAUGCGAAUAAUCUCGCGACCGCUCAAAGCAUGAAAAUCUUCAUCCAAAGCCCAUUCGAUUGCAUUGUUGCAAUUAGGCGAAAUCUGAAUGACCGUAUGCAAUGGCUGGUUAGCAUGAAAAAAUACCAGGAAGCUUGGGAGUUGGUAGACGAGCAUCCAGAAGCUGCCGGUACAGCUUCAGAAGACUCGGUAUCUUCGACGCCACCCUCCCAAUCGAUUGCAAGCUCUGCCACGAAAACUGGCCCAUCUGCUCCAAUAAGCCCAAGCCAAGCUCGUCAACAAGCAACUUUGGCCGAAUUCUUCGCUGAUGCCGCAUCUAUCACAAGCUCUGCACAAGUCAGAUCAAAGUCCAAGUUCUCAGCCGCCGAAAAGGAGAAAAGAAGGAUCGGAGAACUAUGGUUGAAGCAGCUAGUUGAUGCCAAGAAUUGGAGCGAGGCUGCUGAGGUUGCAGAGCGGGUUCUGAAUACCAGUAGCCGGUGGGAGUAUUGGAUCUGGAUUUUCAUCAAGGCUCAAAGGUUUGACGAGAUAUCAUCUCGGGUGCCCACCCUUGAACUAACACCGCCCCUGCCAUCCUCUGUCUUUGAGAUGAUCCUCGGUCAUUAUGUGGAGUCAGACAGGAGACGUUUCAAAGAACUUCUCGACCAGUGGCCCUCGGAUCUCUUCGAGAUUAGUACGAUCACUGCUGCCAUCGAGGACCAAUAUCGACAAGGGACGGUGACGAAAGGGUCGCAAGAUUGGACAAUGCUACAAGAAGGUCUUGCUAAGCUGUUCCUGGCUGAUGGCCAUUAUAACGAGGCUUUGAAAUGCUAUAUUGCACUUCAAGAUGCAGACACGGCCAUGACUCUCGUCCGGGACCAUCACCUGGUUGAUGCAGUUGCCGACGACAUUCCUGGAUUUGUUCAAAUCAGAGUUCCCGCCAAACAACUCAAGUCGCUCUCUACUGAAGAAUUGAGCGCCCUAGCAGCCGACCCAAUAAGUGUCCUAGCGGAUGAAGCGACGCAUGGUGUGGUUGAACCGGACGAAGUCUUCGCUCAGCUAGAUACUCCUAGCCUGCGACCCUUUUUAUAUUUCUAUCUGCGUGCGCUGUGGAAGGGUGAAGGUGAAACUCAUGAGCCUAGGGGUCCAAGAGUUGGCCAUUCUGCUGUUGCUUCUGCACUAGCUGCAGACACAGGCAAGCAGCUCGUGGAACAAUUUGCUGACACUGCUGUCGAGCUCUUUGCGGAGUAUGACCGACCAUUGUUACUGGAGUUUCUCCAGACUUCGACUGCGUAUACAUAUGACACUGCCGUCAAGAUCUGUGAGAAGAGACGGUACAUCGAAGAACUUGUCUACCUGCUUAGCAAGACAGGACAGAUGAAGAAGGCGUUGUUUCUCAUCAUUGACGAGCUCAAGGAUGUAUCGAGCGCAAUUGCCUUUGCCAAGGAACAAGACGACAAGAGCCUUUGGGACGACUUUCUCGAGUACAGCAUGUCGAGACCUCGUUUCAUUUCUGGUCUUCUGGCCGAAGUUGGCACGGCAAUCGACCCCAUCACGCUGGUGAAGAAGAUACCAUCAGGCCUAGAAGUGGAAGGGCUCAAAGAUGGGCUGAAGAAAAUGAUUCGUGAAUACGACUUGCAGGACAGUAUCAGCUCCGGCGUGGCAAGGGUACUCAGCAGCGAAGUCGCAGUUGGAAUGGACACAUUAAGACGAGGAAGAAGAAAGGGUAUCAAGUUUGAAGUUGAUUCACAUAAGAUCCCCAAACCUGUCACGGACAAGACAGAGGACCAAACGGCGCAGGACGAGAAAGUCGAGCCAUUGGAGUCAAAGGUCCCACCAGGCCACUGUGCAUCAUGCCAUCGGGCCUUUGAUCAGAACGAAACUGAAACACUAGUCGGCUUCGCUUGUGGACAUGUCUACCACGUCUCCCACCUCCUCCACGGCCCUGACGCCCAAGGCGAUGAAUCUACUUUACCGCGAGAUAGGCAGGCGGAGCGACAGGCAGAGGAGACGGAAGGAAACGACUCGAGGUUUCUACGCUCAGUAGGACCGAAAGUUACCAGUGCACGGCUGUUGAAAGACAAGAUCCAGGCAGUGGGCGGGUGUAAGAUAUGCAAGGAACGAAGGCAAAAGGACGAAAGCGUGGGUGGAGGGUGAUGAUGUUUUUGGAAACGACUUUAAAUAACUCCUUUGAUUUUUCAGGCAUAGCUUCGCAUGGUAAUAGCACUGCCGAAGUUUUCUAGAAUUACAGGUUUACCAAGAACCAAAGAGAAAGACUUCUAUAUCAGUCUCCCGUUGAUGGAGUUGAAUCGUUCCCAGAACCAAUUAAGCACCCAUGGAUACCAAGCUGAGGGCGGAGGUUGAAU